GGGAGCCAGUCUCAUUCUCCCUCCUGUGCGUUUUUCCUGCGUCAGGCGCGGCGGUAGCGGAGAGUGAAGGCUGUCUGUAGCGUGUGGUGCGGGGAGCGGAGCUCUGAGACCCCUGAGCAUCCGCGGCCAUGGCGGAUGUGACCGCUCGUAGCCUGCAGUACGAGUACAAGGCGAACUCGAAUCUUGUCCUCCAAGCUGACCGCUCUCUCAUUGACCGGACCCGCCGGGAUGAACCCACAGGAGAGGUUCUGUCCCUGGUUGGGAAGCUGGAGGGCACCCGGAUGGGAGAUAAGGCUCAACGGACGAAACCACAGAUGCAAGAGGAAAGAAGAGCCAAGCGAAGGAAGCGUGAUGAGGACCGGCAUGACAUCAACAAGAUGAAGGGUUACACUCUGCUCUCGGAGGGCAUCGAUGAGAUGGUGGGCAUCAUCUACAAGCCCAAGACCAAGGAGACGCGGGAGACCUACGAGGUUCUGCUCAGCUUCAUCCAGGCCGCGCUCGGGGACCAGCCACGUGAUAUCCUUUGUGGGGCAGCUGACGAAGUUCUAGCUGUUUUAAAGAAUGAAAAGCUUCGGGAUAAGGAAAGGAGAAAGGAGAUUGAUCUCCUGCUGGGUCAGACAGAUGAUACAAGAUACCAUGUGUUAGUGAACCUGGGCAAAAAGAUCACAGACUAUGGUGGAGACAAGGAAAUUCAGAAUAUGGAUGACAACAUUGAUGAGACGUAUGGUGUGAAUGUACAGUUUGAGUCUGAUGAGGAGGAAGGUGAUGAAGAUGUGUACGGGGAGGUUCGAGAAGAGGCAUCGGACGACGACAUGGAAGGGGACGAGGCGGUGGUGCGCUGCACCCUCUCGGCUAACCUUGUGGCCUCAGGGGAACUGAUGAGUUCCAAGAAGAAGGACUUGCACCCUCGGGAUAUCGAUGCCUUUUGGCUCCAGCGGCAGCUCAGUCGCUUCUAUGAUGAUGCCAUUGUGUCGCAGAAGAAGGCAGAUGAAGUCUUGGAGAUUUUGAAGACGGCCAGUGAUGACCGGGAAUGUGAGAACCAGCUGGUUCUGCUGCUUGGUUUCAACACUUUUGAUUUUAUUAAGGUGUUGCGGCAGCACAGGAUGAUGAUUUUAUACUGUACCUUGCUGGCCAGUGCACAGAGUGAAGCUGAAAAGGAAAGGAUCAUGGGAAAGAUGGAAGCUGACCCAGAGCUGUCCAAGUUCCUCUACCAGCUCCAUGAAACGGAGAAGGAGGAUCUGAUCCGGGAGGAGAGGUCCCGGAGGGAGCGAGUGCGUCAGUCCCGGAUGGACACAGAUCUGGAAACCAUGGAUCUGGACCAGGGUGGAGAGGCACUGGCUCCGCGACAGGUUCUGGACUUGGAGGACCUAGUUUUUACCCAGGGGAGCCACUUCAUGGCCAACAAACGCUGUCAGCUUCCUGACGGAUCCUUCCGUCGCCAGCGCAAGGGCUAUGAAGAGGUGCAUGUGCCUGCUCUGAAGCCCAAGCCCUUCGGCUCUGAAGAACAACUUCUUCCAGUGGAGAAACUGCCCAAGUAUGCCCAGGCUGGAUUUGAGGGCUUCAAAACACUGAAUCGGAUCCAGAGUAAGCUCUACCGUGCUGCUCUGGAGACGGAUGAGAAUCUGCUGCUCUGCGCUCCUACUGGUGCUGGUAAGACCAACGUGGCCCUGAUGUGUAUGCUCCGAGAGAUAGGGAAGCACAUUAACAUGGAUGGCACUAUCAACGUGGAUGACUUCAAGAUCAUCUACAUCGCCCCCAUGCGCUCCUUGGUGCAGGAGAUGGUGGGCAGUUUUGGAAAGCGCCUGGCCACGUACGGCAUCACUGUUGCAGAACUGACUGGAGACCACCAGCUGUGCAAGGAGGAGAUCAGCGCCACUCAGAUCAUCGUCUGCACCCCUGAGAAGUGGGACAUCAUUACCCGCAAGGGUGGGGAGCGGACCUACACCCAGCUCGUGCGACUCAUCAUCCUAGAUGAGAUCCAUCUUCUCCACGAUGACAGAGGUCCUGUCUUAGAAGCGUUGGUGGCCAGGACCAUCCGGAACAUUGAGAUGACCCAAGAGGAUGUCCGACUCAUCGGUCUUAGUGCCACCCUCCCCAACUAUGAAGAUGUGGCCACCUUUCUGCGUGUGGACCCUGCCAAGGGCCUCUUCUACUUCGACAACAGCUUCCGCCCAGUGCCUCUAGAACAGACUUACGUGGGCAUUACGGAGAAAAAAGCUAUCAAGCGUUUCCAGAUCAUGAAUGAAAUUGUCUAUGAGAAAAUCAUGGAACAUGCUGGAAAAAAUCAGGUGCUGGUGUUUGUCCACUCCCGGAAGGAGACUGGGAAGACAGCCAGGGCCAUCCGGGACAUGUGCCUGGAGAAGGACACGCUGGGUCUGUUUCUGAGAGAGGGCUCGGCCUCCACAGAAGUCCUUCGGACAGAAGCCGAGCAGUGCAAGAACCUGGAGCUGAAGGAUCUCCUGCCCUAUGGCUUUGCUAUUCAUCAUGCGGGCAUGACCAGAGUUGACCGGACACUUGUAGAGGAUCUUUUUGCUGAUAAACACAUUCAGGUUUUAGUUUCCACGGCAACCCUGGCUUGGGGUGUGAAUCUCCCCGCACAUACUGUCAUCAUCAAAGGCACCCAGGUGUACAGUCCAGAGAAGGGGCGCUGGACAGAACUGGGGGCACUGGACAUCCUGCAGAUGCUGGGACGAGCAGGAAGACCUCAGUAUGACACCAAGGGCGAAGGCAUACUCAUCACUUCUCAUGGGGAGCUGCAGUACUACCUGUCCCUCCUCAAUCAGCAGCUUCCUAUUGAGAGCCAGAUGGUAUCAAAGCUGCCUGACAUGCUCAACGCGGAAAUCGUGCUGGGGAACGUCCAGAACGCAAAGGAUGCAGUGAACUGGCUGGGCUAUGCCUACCUGUAUAUCCGAAUGCUCCGAUCCCCAACCCUCUAUGGCAUCUCUCAUGAUGACCUCAAGGGAGAUCCCCUGCUGGACCAGCGCCGACUGGAUCUGGUUCAUACUGCUGCCUUGAUGCUGGAUAAGAACAAUCUGGUCAAGUACGACAAGAAGACGGGCAACUUCCAGGUGACAGAACUUGGUCGUAUAGCCAGCCACUACUACAUCACCAAUGAUACGGUACAGACCUACAACCAGCUGCUAAAGCCCACCCUGAGUGAGAUUGAGCUUUUCAGAGUCUUCUCAUUGUCCUCAGAGUUCAAGAACAUCACUGUGAGAGAAGAGGAGAAGCUGGAGCUGCAGAAGUUGCUGGAGAGGGUGCCCAUCCCUGUAAAGGAGAGCAUUGAGGAACCCAGUGCGAAGAUCAAUGUGCUUCUCCAGGCUUUCAUCUCGCAACUGAAAUUGGAGGGCUUUGCGUUGAUGGCCGACAUGGUAUAUGUUACCCAGUCGGCUGGCCGGUUGAUGCGUGCUAUCUUUGAAAUUGUCCUGAACCGAGGCUGGGCGCAGCUUACAGACAAGACCCUGAACCUCUGCAAGAUGAUUGACAAACGCAUGUGGCAGUCCAUGUGUCCUCUGCGCCAGUUCCGGAAACUCCCUGAGGAAGUAGUGAAGAAGAUCGAGAAGAAAAACUUCCCUUUUGAGCGUCUGUAUGACCUGAAUCACAAUGAGAUAGGUGCGUGGGAAGCCGUCCUCCUGCUCGUCCGCACAGCUCAGAUGUCUCCCUAAGCCUGCCUGCUUUCC